AUGGCAAGCGGCCUCCUUCUCCCACUGCGUGAGGCGUUGUUGUGGAGCCUUGUGUUUGUUCUCUGUGGCGCUCCCGUUGCAGAGGCCCACACGGCGGUGUUAACAUUCGCUUUCGGACUCUUGCUGAGCUUGACGAUGCCGAUGGAAUUGAAGGAUAUACGCCAGACGCUACUGGCCGAUGUAAAUGGAACAUCCGCGUUGGAAAAUUUUUUUAAAAAAAGGGAAGGGAAUCGGUUUCGGAUGAUGGAAACACUUUUGCUGCUCACAGCCAUCCUCUCGGGCGCUGUUUUUACGCAACUGGACUGGGACGUGUGGUUUCAGGCUUGGCCAUUUCCUGCCGUGAUGUCAUUUGCUCUGAUGCGUGCACUCCUGCAGCUCGUCGGGCUGCAGCGACGGGCGCAAAGAAAUAUGAUGGAAAACGUAAUCAUUAACGAAAAAGAAGUGGGGCCUCAUGAAUUGUAG